AUGGAAGUGCAGGAUUCAACAAAGUGCGCCCGCGGUAGCCAAGCAACGAUUAUGUUCCACUCGGCAGACCAGGUGGGUGAGGGAGUGGCAGAUGAAGAUGUGACGAUGCCUCAUCUCAAUGUCAACAACCCAAACUCCCAAGAAGAAGCACUUCAGGAGAAGUCAACGUUGCUGCCCAAUAUAACCCCUACAACCCCUGUAACCCCUGUGGAACUAAACACUAAGCCUGGCUCCCCAUCCUUCAGUUCUCUGUCAGGGCCCAAGAACGGCACUGCUGUGGGGUACCAGAACGUCUACAAUCCACCCCCAGAUACUGUUAUACACCUGAAGGAACCCAUUGUGAACUACAUCGCAUACAAUGAAGGCAUCCGAAGAAACACCGGGGCCGUGUACGCUUUCCAGCAGUUCUAUGGAAUGCUUGUCAAGAAAAUUAUCCAUGCAACACGAAACAUUGCCAUCGCAGUGGCCCAACUUCUGCUUCCGAUUAUUUUCACCAUCUUGGCCCUAUCUGUCGAAAAAGCAAUCCCAGAUGUUGGCGAUGACCCGGCCCUUGUGUUGAAUAUGAAUCCUUGGAAGCAAUACACCGUGCCCUACAGUAAGGGUGUCAACUCUGACCUUACCACCACCAGUUAUGCUGAUGCUUACAAGAGCUUGUUUGGAAACACAGAUCUUGUUGAUCGAACAACGUAUCCAACAUUCAAUGACUAUUUUAAGGCCGUUCAAGAAGAUCAAGGGAUUUCUACGUUCAACAGACGAUACAUAGUGGCAUCGGACUUUGACAAACAGGGAAGUCAAGUCAUGGCCACAGCACACUUCAAUGGUCAACCAUACCAUGGAAUCGCCAUAUCGCUGCAGUUCAUGAUGAACGGAAUCCUCCGAAAGUUUGACCCAACCUCAAACAUUGAGGUCACAAACCACCCUCUGCCGAAAAAAGAGUCUGACAACGUGCGGCGGAUUUUCUUUGCAACAAACGGCACAGCCUUCACAAUUGCUAUCUCAAUUCUCUUUGGAAUGGCUUUCAUGGCGACAAGUUUCAUCAUUUUCCUCAUCAAAGAACGAUCUGUUGGAGCGAAACACUUACAGGCAGUCAGUGGAGUGCGACCAUUCGCAUACUGGCUCUCGUGCUUUGUUUGGGACAUGUUCAAUUAUCUGGUACCCGUAUUCAUUAUAAUGAUCUUGUUUGCCAUUUUCGGAACAGAUGCGUACGUCAACGACGGUAGACUGGGUAUCGUGUUUUUGAUCUUCUUGCUUUACGGAUGGUCAGUUCUGCCGUUUGUUUACAUGCUGCAUUUCCUGUUCAACGUUCCUUCUACAGGGAUGGUGGCGGUCUCGAUGAUAAAUCUUCUGUCCGGUCUGAUAUUCCUGCUAGCGACCUACACCCUCAGCAUCCCCCUCCUGGGUACAGAAGCUAUCGGGAAGGCCCUGGAGAUCAUCUUCAUCAUCAUCUUCCCCAACUACGACCUUGGCCUGGCUCUGAUGGACAUGUACACUAACUCGGGCUAUAAAGACAUUUGUGGGCCCGUACGGGAAACCGUCUGCAAGUUAAUUGCUGCUGGACGAUCGAAUGCCACGAACCCUUGCUGCUUUCCAGAUUUCUGUGGUGAGGGUGACGAUACCACAUGUUUCACGUACUACGAUAAUUUCCUGCAAUGGGAGAAACCUGGCAUUGGCAGGGAGAUUCUUUUCAUGGCCAUCCAGGGCGUUGUGUUUUUCGCCAUUGUUCUGUUGGCUGAAUACGGGAUUCUUUCUCGCAUCAAGAAUGCAUUGACCGGCGGCAUGCGGGCCUCUGUUGGGUCACAGGUCAACCUUCAAGGUCAGGAGGAGGACAGUGACGUGGCUGCUGAGGCACGGAGGAUCAAUGCAAGCUCUGCACAGGAGCUUCAGAAGACUGACUCUCUCAUCCUGAAGAAUGUAGACAAGAUAUACGACACGGGUUUUCACGCGGUAAAGAACAUCUCCUGUGGGAUUCCAAAGAACGAGUGCUUUGGACUUCUGGGACAGAACGGGGCUGGGAAGACUUCUACUUUUAAAAUGCUCACGGGAGAUGAGGCUCUGACAUCAGGCAAUGCAUACCUGAAUCAAUACUCAGUGAAGAGUAACAUAAAGAAGGUCCAACAAAACCUGGGCUAUUGCCCGCAGUUUGACGCCCUGAUAGACCAGAUGACAGGCCGUGAGACGCUCUACAUGUACGCCAGACUGCGAGGCAUCGAGGAGUCACAGAUCAGUGGCAUUGUGGAGCGACUGAUCAACAUCAUGAUGCUGCAGAAACACGCAGACAAAGAAACAGGGUUUUAUAGCGGUGGCAACAAGAGGAAGCUGAGCACAGCCAUAGCCCUAAUUGGGGACCCGCCGUUCAUUUUCCUGGAUGAGCCUACGACGGGUAUGGAUCCUGGUGCGCGCAGGCAGCUGUGGAACGUGCUCUCUGACGUGAGGGCCAGUGGGCGUACCCUCAUACUUACAUCUCACAGUAUGGAGGAAUGUGAUGCGCUGUGUACGAGGCUUGUCAUCAUGGUGAACGGCAGAUUUGUCUGCCUGGGCAGCCCCCAACAUCUCAAGAACAAGUUCGGUCACGGCUACACUUUGUUCUGCCGCAUGGGGCUGAAAGAUGGCGUUGUCAUCAGUAGCACCGAUUUAGUCAACCACUUGAAAGGGAUUUUCAAGGACCUGGAAGUCUUCGACACGAAUCAAGGCUAUGUGCAUUUCAGGAUACCGGACGACAAUGCGAAGUUGGCGCAAAUUUUUGGCGUGAUGGAGCAAGCUAAAGAGCAGUUUGAAGUUGACGACUAUUCGGUGCAUCAGACAACGUUGGAGCAAAUUUUCCUCACAUUUACUCAAAACCAAGUUGCGCCGAAGGAAAAGGACAAAAAGAAAUGUUGCAAAUCGUGUUGUUAAUUUAAAACAAAUACAGAGAGACCUUGUCUUGGUGCAGAAAUAUGACCUUAAGACUUGAUGAUAACACUUUGGAACAACAUAAAAAAUUGUAUAUAUAUUUAGCAGAAAUAAGUGUGCGUUUAUUGAUGUUCAGACUCUGAAAUGAUACCUUUUACUUUGAUGUGUUGGUACAGAAAACAAGAAGAACCAAUUUCAUGACAGUUAAACUUUCAAAUGUGUAUUGUUUAACAGUGAAUUUAGACAUGCUUUAUAUUGAUUUAAACAAAAACAAAUCAAUCAAAGCAUUCAAUCAAGCUAGUAACAUAAACCAAAAAUCAAUAUUAAUAUUUAUGUCAUAAUAUUAAUAUAUUCUGUCAGAAUACAGGCUGAAAUUAGAAAUCCAAAGUUAAUGUUUGUUUCUUUGUUACUUACAGUUUAUUUUAGACAAUGAAUAUUGUUGACUGUUGUAUGCUUUCUAUGGUUUAUCACAUGCACAAUCAUAUUUUUAACUUUGUACUUGUGUAGUUGCAUGUUACUUAAUAUAUAAAUGGUUUCUUUUAUUUAUUCUCAUUGAGUCCAGUUUUUCCGCAGCUUCACAAACUGCCCUGUUUUAUUUGUAUGUGUUUAUUAUUUUCAUUUAUAAUUUGUCUCUUCUCACAAUGUUGAUGGUAGGAUUUACAUAAAAAAUCCAGUUGACAAAUUUGUGAUAAAUUUGAUAUUAACGAUAAUGCAUAAGACAAGAGCAAAGGCUUGAUUGUUUAACAGAAACACCAAGGGAAAAUAUUCCAUACAGUUUAAGAUACAGACUUAUGUAUUUGAUUAACCCAAAAGCAAUUGUUAAACUGAAGUUCAUUCUCAUAUGUUGUUGGUAAUUCUGCUUAACCACCAAUUUAUCACAUUUGUAACACUGUUUUAUGAUAAUAAACUUGUAAUUGAUGCUAAAUUACGAUUUUAGUUUGAAUGUUUAUGAGCUUGUAUGAAAUUCUACGUUCAAUAGAAUCUGUGAUAAUGUUAUUAAAUCCACUGAACAUGACCUUUUGGUCUUUAAAUGAAAUAUUUUUCAUAUUUUUAUUUUAUAUUGUUACCAUAGGCCAACAGCUGGUCUGUACUUAAAAAACCCAUCAAAAUGGGCCAUACAGAGGUUCCUAUUUCCUUAACUUGCUUGAAACAAGAUUGAAAAAUGUAUUAGCAUAAGUUUUUCCAAGACUCAUCUAUACAAUUGUUUUCUAAUUUGGACCACAAUUGUAGCUAUUUAGGCAACAAAAACUAGUUUGUUUGCUAUAAAUCUUCCAAAAAAUAGGGUAUGUGGACCAGAAAAAAGGCUGAACUUUUUUAUGAUAUUUGAAUUAAACACAUUUAACAAUGACCUUCAGAAAUCUUCAAAAAUCUCAAUUUAACAAUCUUUCUUAAACUAAUGUUAUUUAAUUUAAAGAACUAAUGCAAAUAUCAAUGAAUGGGGCAAUAAUGAUAGAAAAUUCAAUAGUAAAUUUAUUAAAUAUGAUCAAAUGAAGCAAAUUAGAAAGACAACUCAACAUGAAAUACAAAACAAAUGGAUGGAAGGCAAAAAAUUAGGAUCUGUAGGGUUGGUGAAAAUAAACAACUUAUGUUACUAUUAUUUAAAAUGGUCAUUACUCAUGACGUUUGCAUGUGUACUUAUAUAUUUGUAGUUUCUUACAACAUGAGAAAAAGAAAUUAUUGGGAGUUGGGAUUUGGUUUAUAUCAUUUGUAUGAAAAUAUAACUAAGAGAUGUUUGUUUUUAUCUUGGUAAAUCAUCUGUGAAUGUUUAUUUAUGACGGUGUUUUCAUGCUUUGGUGUAACAAAGUCGUAGUUUGAUUUUUUUUAUUGCAUCUUAUAUAGAUGUUUCUCAUUCUUUUUCUCAUAUUGAAUUGUUAGAAUUAAUUGUAUUGGAAGCAUAAGACUUGGCCCUGAUAUUUUUACUUUUUCUGUAGCGAUAUUGACUUAGUAAGUCCCAAUUUUCAUAUGACAAAAACUGAACGUCACAACCCAAAUUCAAAAUAAUGUGAUUAUCUGACAUUGAUGUGUAUGUAAUUUGUCUGCACACAACUAGUACAUGUUUUAUUGCAAUAUAAAAAUAGUGAUCUAUGGCUAAUCCUUUGAUACCUGAUGAAGGAAUGAUAUAUUUAGCAGACCUUUCUACAUAUAUAUAUCAACUCAAUUGACAAAUUUAAAACAGAAAUCCUAAUUGUAUCAUAGUACUUUGUCCCCAGAAUGUAAGGAAAAAAAGCGUAUUUUGUAUCAUCUUUACACAUUUACAUUAUACAAAACUUAUUUGAAUGGACUUGUUUAUGGUUAAAAAAAUGACCAUUUGAAAACAAUUGUCAUAGAUUCAAAAAAGAAUGUAUGCAAUUUAUCAAAACAAUCAUAUUACACCCCUCCUCGUUAAUUUGGAAAAUACCUGUUUUACUAACAUAGUAUUUAAAAAUGUGCUUUUAACAGAAGGAGCCUGCAUGGUCCAGUGGCAGUGCAGAGGUCAUGAGUUUGAGAACCGGUGAACUUAAAUUUUUGUAAUUUACAUUUUUUUCUUGCUAUUAUAAUGAUUUUAAACACCAGUUUUGUGAUAUAAACUUUAAAUUGCUUUUUCAAACUUACCAAUAUAUGAUACACAUAACUGUAAACAAGUCGCUUAAAAAAAACUAGCUUAAUACUUUGUUGGGUUCACCAGUAUGCCUGUGUAGUUUUGUCCCUUUGUAAUGAAACCCCAGUUUUAUUCUGGUUUAAUACCGAUAUGUUGCAAAAUGUUUAAAACACAAGCAAUAUCUACUGAGCCUUAUUAUAUUAAAUACCAUUCAUAUUUGGAGUAGUAACCCAGAAUGUAUCUUAAUAUUUGCGAGUGCCGCAGUGUAUCUAUAAGGAUUUUAAACACCAGUUUUGUGAUAUAAACUUUAAAUUGCUUUUUCAAACUUACCAAUAUAUGAUACACAUAGCUGUAACAAGUCGCUUAAAAAAAACUAGCUUAAUACUUUGUUGGGUUCACCAGUAUGCCUGUGUAGUUUUGUCCCUUUGUAAUGAAACCCCAGUUUUAUUCUGGUUUAAUACCGAUAUGUUGCAAAAUGUUUAAAACACAAGCAAUAUCUAUUAUCUACUGAGCCUUAUUAUAUUAAAUACCAUUCAUAUUUGGAGUAGUAACCCAGAAUGUAUCUAAAUAUUUGCGAGUGCUGCAGUGUAUCUAUUUACAGUAAUAUAUGACUAAACAAGUCAAAGCCUCUUAUGACCUUUCAAACCUGAGAAACUUCUGUGUUACCUAGUAAUAUUUUGAAACAAAGAUUCUAUUAAAUACAAGACAAAAAUAAACAUAAAUUAUUUGGGCCAAAUGGCUUAUUAUACAUGACAUUUUAUGUUACAAAGAACUUUAACAUAUUCAUUCUAGGUUUAUAAUAAAUCAGUGACAAACCCAGAACUUUUUAGCUCACCUGAUUGCUGAGGUGAGCUUUUGUGACCGGUCUUUGUCCGUCUUCCGUCUGUCCGUCAGUCCGCAUUUGGUUUGUAAACACUCUAGAGGCCACAUUUCAUGUCCGAUCUUCAUGAAACUUGGUCAGAAGAUUUGUCCCAAUGAUAUCUCGAUCAAGUUCGAAACUGAGUCAUGCUGGGUCAAAAACUAGGUCACUAGGUCAGAAAAAGAAAAACCUUGUAAACACUGUAGAAGUCACAUUUCAUGCCCAAUCUUCAUGUAACUUUGUCAAAAUGUUUGCCUUAAUGAUACGUUGUUCCGGUCCGUUGAAAAACAUGGCUGCCAGUGGGUGGGGCAGUUUUCCUUAUUUGGCUAUAGAGAAACCUUGUAAACACUCUAGAAGUCACAAUUUUUGCCCAAUCAUCAUGAAAGUUGGUCAAAACAUUGGUUUUAUUGAUAUCUCGGACGAGUUCGAAAAUGGUCGAGAUCGGUAAAAAAACAUGGCAGCCAGUGAACGGGGCAUUUUUCUCUAUAUGUAUUUAGUGAAAACAUGUGAACACUCUAGAAGUCACAUUUUUGGCCCAAUUUUCAUGAAAUUUGGUCAGAACAUUUGUUUCCUUGAUAUGAGAGUCUUAUGAAAGAGCUCGAAAAGGGUUCCGGUCAGUUGAAUAACAUGUCUGCCGGGGGGGGGGGGCAGUUUUCUAAUAUUUAUAUAGUAAAAAAAGCUUGUGAGCACUCUAGAAAUCAUAUUUUUUGCCCAAUCAUUAUGAAACUUGGUACAAAGAUUGGUUUUAUAUAUAUCACAUAAUGAAUGCCAUAAUCAUUGCCCUUAGAUUGUCCAAAUUUUUCAUUAUAUUAUACAAAAUCCUUGUAAACACUAGAGGUCACAAUUUUUAUUUCAGAUUUUAUGAAUCUUGGUCAUAAUAUUUAUUUUUGUAAGCAAAGUUUGAUGUUUGGUAAGGGGGGGGGGGUAAACUCAAAAUAUAGGUCACCAGGUCAAAUCUUACAAAAACAAAAACACUCCAUAUGCAAGAGUUUUGGUUCAAUAAUGAUGAAACUUGACCAGGAUGUUUGUCUGGACAAUAUCUAGGUCAAGUUUGACGUUCGGUAAAGAUUGAAUGAACCGACUCAUCUCAGGUAAGCGAACUAGGGCAUAUUGGCCCUCUUGUAUAUUUAUUACCUCAAACUCAACUGUGAUUCGAUAGCUGUCAAACCAUGAGGUUUAUCUGUCAUAUUCUUAUUUCUUCAUUUUCUUUACUUAAUUAAUGAAAAAUGGUGUAUUUUAUACUCUUUAUGUUUUAUUGUGUUGAUGUUUUUAAAAUAAAUUAUGUUCAUAA